AUGCCCAAAGAUACGUCUAUCGAGGAUGAGUGUUCGAUCUCGAAGACCUGGAGGACGGGCAGGAUCAGCAGCGGCGCACCGGGUACGUACAUGUCCCCCGCACAUACGAAUUUCAAAGUUGAUGGUCGCCAGGAUGUGUCUCGCAACCAGAUAAGGGAAAGGCAACCGCGUUUCUUGCUUAUGUGGAAUGAGAUUCUAAACAUAUUCUCGCAUCUCAUAGGAUCAGUACUAUUCUUUGCACUUCCAAUACCGGUAUACUAUUCCUUGCAGCCGAGAUACGGCACGGCAACCACAGCAGACGUUGUCGUAUUCUCUACCUUCUUUUUCGGUGUCGCAAUUUGCUUUGCGCUAUCUGCAACUUUUCACGUCUUCAACAACCACAGCGAAAGCAUUCACGUCUUCGGUAAUCAGCUCGACUACCUUGGCAUCGUGAUACUCAUGUGGGGCUCCACCAUCCCGUGCGUUCACUAUGGCUUCUAUUGUACACAACGACUACAAACUACAUAUUACACCCUCGUCUCGGUCUUAGCAGCAGGCUGUGUCUACGCGACGCUUCACCCAGCUUUCCGUCGUCCAAAGUAUCGUCCAUACCGCGCAGCCAUGUAUUCUGGGCUUGGCCUCUCGUUCAUCAUCCCCAUCGUUCAUGGCUUGUUGAAGUUUGGCUGGGAGACGCAAAUGUGGAGGAUGAGUCUGGACUGGAUGGCGUUGAUGACGGCAUUCAACCUUACCGGCGGCGCGUUGUACGCUAUGAGAAUCCCAGAGAAAUGGUAUCCCUAUCGAUUUGAUAUCUGGGGCUCAAGCCACCAGAUUAUGCAUUGCCUCGUUGUCUGUGCUGGCAUUGCCCACCUGUUUGGUCUGCUGAGAGCAUUUGAUCACGUACAUGGAUAUGGAAACGUCUGUAUGACAUGA